UCCUUGUAUAGCACACAGUACACCCAUACGGCCAUACGGCCAUACCAGUCCUAGAGUUGUUGGAUAAAAGACUACUACUACAAUCUUGACUCCCUAUCAAUGCAAUUAACAUUGGCAGCCAUGGCCGCAUACAGUAUCCUCACAUCUGCUUCAAAUCCGACAUUAUCUCACCUGCCACCCUUCUCCUUUUCUUCAACACCCAUUAAUCUUACCUCUUCUUCCUUCAAUGGACUCUCUUUCAAAGUUUCUUCUCCAACCCAAUCUCUUUCUCUUUCCGCUUCCUCCUCUGCUAAACCUCUCACCAUUGUUGCUGCUACCAAAAAAGCUGUUUCUGUUCUUAAGGGAAAUUCCAACGUUGAGGGUGUCGUCACUUUAAGUCAAGAAGAUGACGGUCCAACUACAGUCAAUGUUCGUAUUACUGGGCUAACUCCAGGAAAACAUGGAUUUCACUUGCAUGAAUAUGGAGAUACAACAAAUGGAUGCAUGUCCACAGGUGCUCAUUUUAAUCCAAAUAAAAUGACACAUGGUGCUCCGGAAGAUGAAAUCCGGCAUGCGGGUGACCUGGGAAACAUUGUUGCUAACACAGAUGGAGUAGCUGAGGCUACUAUAGUGGAUAAUCAGAUUCCAUUAAGUGGACCAAAUUCAGUUGUUGGUAGAGCCUUGGUGGUCCAUGAGCUAGAGGAUGAUCUUGGAAAGGGAGGACAUGAACUUAGUCUGACCACUGGAAAUGCUGGGGGCAGAAUGGCUUGUGGUGUUGUUGGCUUAACUCCGGUGUGAUCUUAUCAGUUCGCGGAAGUUCUUCAAUGCUAAAGAUUUUCGAUAAUAUAAUGUAUGAUUUAUUAUAAGUUAUAUUUUUAAGUGAACAAUAAAAUACCGUAUUGUUAUGGGUACUAAACUCAAGUAGAUGUAUCUUUGUGCUAACUAUGCUAAGAAAUGGCCCUUAAAUUUUGAGAGCUGAUAAUAAAAAAAGGAGAAUUCCAGCUUUCAUAUAAAAACAUAACGAAAGGAAAAGAAGCAAGGUAGCGCUCACCGCAACCUCAAAGCGCAAAUUCACAACCAAAUCCGAAACAAGAAAAGCGCAAGAGAAAAGAAGUUGUUGAUCGAGAACUUCACUCUUUUUAUCCAUAGAGCGAUUGAGCUACGAAUAGUACUCUAAGGAAAAACUUAAUGAAUCUGGUAGAGGAGUGUUUGGCUAGCUACCUUCGACCAGCUUUAUUUGCACUCUUAAAACAAUAUUUCUUAAGAGUUGAAA